CCCGCCAUAACCCACAGAAGAAGUGUGACCACUUCCACAACACACGCAUUACUCUAAAAUACGAAAAAGUGGAGGCAGACUGUUGCGGCUUUUGACAAAACAUGGCAACGUCAGGGAAUAGUGAAUGUCGUCUGGAACACCGUGAUAAAUCAGAAAAAUUACAUGUAGUAUCUCCCUUAAAAAUUCGACAACUUCUCCGGGAGGGUUUUGCUUCAGAGGACAAUGUCUUAAAUCGGUCAGCUCUGAUUUCAAGCUCCCUGGCUUCUGGUUUUGUGAGUGAUGCGCCAUCUGAAGCUACAAACAGAGCUGCUUUUUUUGACAGAGUGGAAACAUACUCUUGUUUGAAGUGGUCUGGAAAGCCCUCUGUUCUCUCACCAUUAAAAUGUGCUCAGUAUGGCUGGAUAAAUGUAGACAAUGACAUUCUGAAGUGUUCCAGUUGUCAGGCAUUCCUUUGUGCAUCUAUUCAGGCAACCCUGGAUUUCCAAAAAUAUGAAGAACGGAUUUUGGAGUUGACAAGGCAACUUCAAACCCAACAUGAACAAUUCUGUUCGUGGCCAGAUUUCCCAUGCCCUGAUUGGUUCUGGAUGGUUCCAGUCAAUGAGCCUGAAGAAGUGCUUAGUGCUUUCCUAGAGCGUUUCAAGAGUGCUUGUCUUCUACAGCAGCAGUUACCUACCCUGAAGCCAGAGCAACUCAAAGCCAUGGCACUGACUGAAGAAGUGAUUAGUAGUCUGUUGCAGUUGGUUGAAGACGAGCUAAAGAUGCCGGAUGACUUUUCAUCAGAUCCACCCAACAUACAGAUGGCUGCUUGUGUUGUUGCCUUAUGUGGCUGGGAAGCAAGGCAAGGUCUGUGUGCUGUGACUCUCCCCAUUCUCAGCUGCACUUUCUGCAUGAGGAAAGUAGGCCUGUGGAACUUCGACCAGUUGGAGGGUGUUCCAGGUGAUGGGGACAACUGUUCAUACUCCCAGUUGUCCACUGCGUUUCCAGAGGCGCGUGUUGGUGACAGAUUGACACCUACCUCCCCCUCUCAGUCCCCAACUCCAUGUCGCAUGAAGCUUCGCAGCCAGGAUAACACACGCACAGAGCAGUCUGAGAGUACAUCAUCCCUCCCUCGCACCAGAAGCAGGGACUCCCCUAGCCCUAAUGAGGAGAUAGGAAGGGGCAAAAGGCCCUUAACCCGCAGCAGAGGCCAUGGAGACAACCUCACAUCAGAAAUGCCCUCCAGCCCCCCCAAAAAAACAAAACGCCCACGUCUCUCCUCUUCUAGUGGUUCCGAAGGACUCUUGCAUAGAAAUUUGUUUGAUCCAGUUGCCCAACACAGAAGCUGGUGUCCUUGGGUGAAUGGAGUAAGUAAAGAAUGGGACCUUGAAAGGUUACUGUCUGUAGGCUGUGCGAUGGAGCUUCCGCCAUCAGGCUGGAGAGCCAUACUUGGCCUUCUCCUGGCAAAGAAAAGGAGCCCUAGUCCACUAGGAGCUAGGCCAUCUCAGGGUCCUGAGGACAAGUCAAAAAUGGUGUUGUCCAUAUUCCGUCAGUAGCUGUUCAUUUGGUUUUCUCAGAGGAAGCAAGAAAGGAUGCCAGAACCAUGACUCUUACUGGGCUCAAAUGUUUCCCUGUUCUUAGUAAUUAUGGUACUGGUGUUGUUCCAUUACGUGAGUUGUAUUUGUAUGCUGUUAGAGCAUGGUAUAGUAGAAUAAAAUUAAAUACACUUGCUAA